AUGGACAAUCCCAUACCGCUGGUCGCCGGCCAGAUCCUCCGAAUUGCCUACUACAGCACCGGAAUUCUGCUGGUCUCAAUUAUCCUCAAUGUGAUCAAUCAGCUCGUCUUCUACAGUAGAAAAGAACCUCCUGUGGUCUUUCACUGGGUUCCCUUUAUUGGGAGUACUGUUGCAUAUGGCAUGGACCCAUACCAGUUCUUCUUUGCGUCCCGUGCAAAGUACGGGGAUAUCUUCACUUUCAUCCUGCUAGGAAAGAAGACAACUGUCUACCUAGGCGUCGACGGCAAUGAGUUUAUUUUGAAUGGAAAGCUUAAGGAUGUCAACGCGGAAGAGAUCUACAGCAAGCUCACUACGCCCAUCUUUGGGAGUGGUGUUGUCUAUGACUGCCCUAAUUCCAAGCUCAUGGAACAAAAGAAGUUCAUCAAAUUCGGCCUAAGCCAAACAGCUCUGAAAUGCUACGUCCCCCAAAUCGCCGACGAAGUGACCUCCUACAUCAAGUCCUCGGGCAAAUUCAAAGGCCAAUCCGGAAUUAUAGAUCUAGCCGCGACAAUGGCAGAGAUCACAACUUUUACAGCAGCCCGCACCCUACAAGGUGAAGAAGUUCGCUCGAAACUGACUUCCGAAUUCGCCGAACUCUUCCACGACCUUGACCUAGGCUUCCAACCUAUCAACUUCAUGCUACCUUGGGCACCGCUUCCACACAAUCGCAAGCGAGACGUAGCUCACGCACGCAUGCGAGAAGUUUACCUAGAAAUUAUUCAAGCGAGACGAGAAGCUGGUGUUAACACCGACCCAAGCCCAGAUCCAGCCUCAACAACCGACAAAACAAAAGGAACGGACAUGAUCUCCAACCUAAUGGCAAGCAUCUACAGGGAUGGCACACCAGUCCCAGACAAAGAAAUAGCCCAUAUGAUGAUAACCCUCCUUAUGGCCGGCCAGCACUCCUCCUCAGCAAUCAGCUGUUGGAUAAUCCUCCGCCUAGCCUGCAACCCAAUGAUGACAGAAAAGCUCUACGAAGAACAGCUCCAAAACCUCGGCCCCGACCUCCCACCACUGACAUACAAAGACCUAGACAAACUCCCACUGCACCACAACGUCAUCAAAGAAACCUUGCGAAUCCACUCCUCCAUCCACACCCUCAUGCGCAAAGUGAAGAACCCCCUCCCAGUCCCCGGAACAGACUUCAUCAUCCCGCCUUCGCAUACACUUUUAUCCAGCCCAGGCGUGACGGCGCGUGAUGCACGCUACUUCCGCGAUCCGUUGAAAUGGGAUCCGCAUCGGUGGGAGGAGCGAGUUGAGGAGGAAGUCGAUGAGACGGAUACCGUUGAUUAUGGAUAUGGGGCUGUUUCGAAGGGGACUCGGAGCCCGUAUUUGCCAUUUGGGGCUGGGAGACAUCGGUGUAUUGGGGAGAAGUUUGCGUAUCUUAAUCUUGAGGUUAUUGUUGCUACCAUGGUUAGGAGAUUUCGGUUCUUUAACCCUGAGGGGGUGGAGGAUGUUCCUGAUACUGAUUACUCGUCUCUCUUUUCGAGGCCUGUUCAACCUGCCAAUGUGCGUUGGGAGGUUCGGUCAUAG